CCCCGGCCUUCGCGGGUGCCCGCAGAACCGGUCUUCCUCGUCCACCCCCCAGAGGUCAGAGUCCUCGCCCUGCACUCCCAGGACGCUGUAUUUGCGCCGUCGGCGAUCCCGCAUCCCCGGAGUCCACAGGCAGCUCGGUUCUUCCGAGUGAUGGUGUGCGGCCACCGCCGCCCCUGGCCUGCAGGUGUUGGUUCUCCACACUGGGCCGGGGAGGGGACUUUGGGCAAUGCGCUGGAAGCCUCGCAGUCGUGGAAACCAAGCCUCACACUCCCCGGAAGCCUCCAAAUUCCGCGCCCUCCGUUAUCAAGGGCCUUCAGAAACCGUUUCCAGACUGGAUCUACUCUGAGAGGGGCACCGGCGAUCUGCAGGUCUGGAUGAAGGAGCCUGGGCUUUAAACUGAGCAGGCAGAAAUGGGCCCCUGCUAGGGGCUUUGUGGCUCACGCGGGGGUCCCGGGAGUGUCUUGCCCCGGGAUGCCUCCGGCCCCUCCCAGCAGACCUCAGGUCCCGCCAGGUCGCUUCCCGCCCUGGGCAGAAUGAGUUAUUUCCUGUCUUACUGCAAAGCUCAUGGCGGCACGCUGCUCACCGGCUACCAGGCCCUGCGCGCCGAGGGCUUCCUGUGCGACGUGACACUGGAGACUGAGGGCAGCGAAUUCCCGGCGCACAGGUCGCUCCUGGCGUGCUCCAGUGACUACUUCAGGGCCCUGUUCAAGAGCCACACCCAGGAAUCCCGGGCGCGAGUGAUCCACCUGCACGUGCCAUCAGCAGGCGGCCUGCAGCGCCUGCUGGACUUCAUCUACACUGCCUGGCUGUCGCUCUCCAUGGACACUGUAGAGGAAACUCUGGAGGCCGCCAGCUACCUGCAGGUCACUGAGGCCCUGGGGCUCUGUGGGCGCUACCUGGAGCGCCAGCUGGCUCCAGAGAACUGCUGCUUCGCCGCCAACGUGGCGGCGCGCUUUGGCCUGGCUCACACGCUGGACGCGGCUGAGCGCUGCAUCGUGCGCCACUUGCGGGAGCUGCUGGAGCGGGGGGCGGGCCCCGCGGGACUGCUGGAGCUCAACCCUACAUCCCUGAGGACUGUACUGGGUGCCCCCGACGUGGCACGGGUGCCAGAGGCCCGGCUGCUGGGCCUGGCGUUGGCUUGGCUGCAGCAGGAGCCCGCAGCUGAGCGCCUGGCGCACUGCACAGAGUUGCUGGAGCGUGUACGCUUUUGCCUAGUUCCGGCUGAGGUACUGCGGCGCGUGUACUCGGGUUCCGGCCUCGUGCUGCCCGCCCGGGUCAAGGGCCUCAUCAUCCAGGCCCUCAACUACCACACGGCACCCUCCCGCCAACCGCUCAUGCAGAGCGAGCAGACCAGCAUCCGGAGCCCCCAGACCCGCAUCUUGUUGGUGGGGGGACGUAGAGCACGGGAGGUGGUGAUUGAGGAGGUCGUGGUCCCUCAGGGGGCAGCUAGGGGCCGAGUCGCUGCCCCAGAGCCUGAAGAGGAAGAAGAGGAAGAGUUGGAGGAGGAGGAGGAGGAGGAGGAGUGGGAGCUCACCCAGAACGUGGUGGCCUUCGAUGUGUACAAUCACCGCUGGCGCAGCCUUACGCAGCUACCCACACCGCUGCUGGGUCACAGUGUGUGCACCGCGGGCAACUUCCUGUUUGUCCUGGGUGGGGAGAGCCCUUCCGGCAGUGCAUCCUCUACCCCGACCGACGGCCCGCGAGUGGUCACGGCCCAAGUGCACCGUUACGACCCUCGCUUCCACGCUUGGACGGAAGUGCCCGCCAUGAGGGAAGCGCGGGCCCAUUUCUGGUGUGGCGCGGUGGGCGAGAGGAUCUUGGCUGUCGGGGGUCUGGGCACGGGCGGUGAAGCACUGGCCUCGGUGGAGAUGUACGACCUCCGUCGGGACCGCUGGAUGGCGGCUGGGGCACUGCCACGGGCUCUGCACGGUCACGCAGGGGCCAUCGGGGACCGCGGUGUUGUGUACAUCUCCGGGGGCAAGGCAGGGAGAGGCGAGGGCGGCGGGAGCAGCCUCCGGGACUUAUACGUCCUGGGCCCUGAUGAGCAGGCUUGGAGCAAGAGGGCGCCCAUGGGCACCGCACGUUUCGGGCACCACAUGGCAGUGCUGCGCGGCGCAGUGUUUGCUUUUCUGGGGCGAUACGAGCCCUUCUCUGAGAUCGAGCGCUACGACCCCGGCGCCGACCAGUGGACUCGGUUGCGGCCGCUACCCUACGACCGCUUCUGCUAUGGGCUGGCGGUGGUGGAGGAGACAGCGUUGCUGCUGGGCGGCCUCAAGUGGCGGGACUCGCGCCAGGUGCCUACCCGUAACGUAGUGGGCUACGACCUUGACCUGGACCGUUGGGAGGACAUUGGCUGUGCGCUGCCCUGGGCCUGGAGCGGCUUGCAGUGCGCAGUGCUGCAGCUGGCUGAGGGUGGGGACGAGGAGAGGGAGGGAGAGCCUGGAGAGGCGCUAGAUUUACUGCUGGGCUGAAUGGGUCAGUCCAGUUUCCUUCCGCAAUGGAAAAGAAAGUCGCGCUUGGCUAGUCUUACAGAGCAACGGAUGGGCUUUUUCUAAAAAAGGGACUCUGGGAGCAGAGUGGCUUCUGAAGGUUAACGAGACAGACAAGGCCUUGGGCAAAGAGAAACAUUUCUCCUUGAGCUGAGAAUGGGAGACAGGAGGGGUCAAAUAGAAGGCUAUAUGAAUCAGCUUCAGUGAGCUGGUGAAAGAAAAUUUUUAGAAAGGCUCACGCAAGGCUAGAGAACUUUCACAAAUAAAAUAUGACCUUAUUUUACCUCUUAAAGUGUUUCCCUAGAUGCAAAACAGUGAUUAUUUCUGUGCCAAAAAAAAGGCCAAAAAAU